UGAAAUUCAUGCUCAAAGCUUGAUUAGUACUGGGACCGCUGCCAUGAAUUCGACCGGCGUUUCCAGAAAGACUCUGUGCUCGCUCAAGAAAUUGGCAUCUUUGUGGCGAUCUGACUUCCAUGCGACCACUACCUUUGAAACAGUGGUCGCUACUGCUGCCACAUAUAUUCCAUUUUUACCGAUCCAAGAUGUGAAAUGUGGGCUUUGGUGGUCACGCUCGCUGGAUGAAGACAAAUUCUACAUUCAGGAUUGUGGCACGAAUCCUACACACUCCUGGACAUGGUCUAUCGGUGAUGUCGAGGACUUUUUUACUACCUUCGACGCUCUGCAGGAUCUUAUGGUUGUGUGCUCUGAACCUGAUGAUUGUGUCACUGUGACCGAUGCGGAACAAGAUUAUCAUGUCUGUUGGGUGGAGUUCCGACCGGCUUCGUCCCAGCGUCGACAUCCGAGUGCUGCAUGCACUUCCUUGGAGUGCAAGCAUACCUUUGAUGCACCUGGCUAUUACCGUGCUGCUUUGUCGUCACCUGUAAUCUGCGGUGAUCACGUAUUUAUCCUCUAUCACAUAGAGGUCACGAAUUGCUGCCAUUCUGAGUCUGUGUCCGGCAUGUUCUUACAAGUGAUCAAUUGGAGGAAGGGAUAUGUGAAUAGGCAUUUUUUAUGUCACAUGGAUAUCUGCAAGUUAGAUCUGUUCUAUCCAGUUGAUGAACAGAAGUUUGUCAUCAUUGGCCCGGACUCGAUAUACUUGUACACGUUACAAGGGCUCAAUGGGUCGCCUCAGUGCCGAAUCAUAUAUCACUUUCCCAAGAUCCUCCAUCUAUCAUUACACAACUCGCGCAUCAGGGUUCAUGGCCACCCAUCACUGCAUGGCAAAGCAGCACGCCCAGGACUUAUGCCGAGCCAUGUACCCUCACUGGAGUCACAUAUUAUGGUUUUAGAGUCUCCUUUCAAAGCGGGGAAACCGAAAGCUAUCCUAGUCAUCAAUAUGGCCAUCUUCUCUGACAUGGCCCUGCACUCAGAUAUGCUCGUAGAGAUUCCCUGGUCAGAUUGGGGACCUCAGUUUGCGUGCUACUUUCCGCACCACGAAAGCCACCAUAUCAGCGUGUUUGGCAGCAAAAUGGCUUAUGCUCUUCCCCAAGAUCAUAUUCCUAAUCCUGGUCAAAGACUGAAAGGGCUCUCCAGUGAGGGUUACUUCUAUGUGCAUAUCUGGGAUUUCAAUAAACGAGUCAUUGCUCGUUCGGAAAGUGUCAACGAUACUGACUCACCGGACCUUCGCAUUUGCAAGCCGGGUCAGAUGAUUGACUCCUUUGGUGAAGACAUCUUCUCGAAUCGUGCAUACAUCGCAACGGUCUGUCAUACGCCAUUUCCGACAGCUGGCUCCAGUAUAUUCUUGGAACAGGAUCGGCUUACUGUGACAUGGGCUCGGCAUGAUGAGAUUAGUAUUCGGGUCAUUUCCCCCAUUCAGAUGGAGGUUGGCCCGGACCUUACAGAAUAGACAGUUUGGUUGCCCAGUGUUAUGCUUGUAUUAUGUUUGUAUUGGAAAGUGAGUAAGAUAGGUGGGACUUAGCGAUGCCGAUGUAAUUUUACGAACAAUAUGUGUUUUGAUGACAAGCACAAUAUCGAGGUUGCUUUCGCAGUUC